AUGCCUGCGCCUGACUUUGUGACAGUGGUGUGUCACAUGAGUCCGUACAGACCGCUCAAGUUGCGUAAGGAAUUUUGGGAGAAGCUGGAAGCGGAGCGUCCUGUCUUCGAGAGGUUAGCUGCGGCGACAGUAAAACGCGAGGAUGAGGUUGUCUCCUACAUGGUGCAGGAGGACAUAGUGGUUGAAGACACAGUGGGUACUGUGACUCAUCCGAGUGGUAAGAGGGUUAGGUGUGGGCUCCCAGCGGAAGAGAUUGGGGUAGAGACUACACCUAUCUCUGGCGGCGGCAGUAAACGUGAGGAUGAGGUUGUGUCCUGUAUGGUGCAGGAAGACACAGUGGAUGCUGUGACUCAUCCAAGUG